UCUUCUCCAAGGUGGAUAUACAUCAUAUGGCAAAGAAGGUGCUAUUGCACAUAUAACUCUCUCAAGCUAUCAUUGAGAGUACUAGUGUUUCUGAUGGCUGCCUCCGUCGGUGCAACUGUCGUUUAUGAUCGGAUGAAAGAAGUGAAAGAAUUCGAUGAGUCCAAAAUGGGGGUCAAAGGUCUUUCUGAUUCCGGCAUCACCACCAUCCCUAGCUUCUUCGUUCACCCUCCCCAAACCCUCUCCCAUCUCAAAUCUUCUUCCGCGUGCACCACCGGAAUCCCAGUCAUCGAUCUCUCAGACAUAAAUUCCGAUGUCCAUAGGCCGAAGAUUGUCCAACAAAUCCGAGAAGCUGCCGGAACUUGGGGGUUCUUCCAGGUGAUCAACCACGGCUUGCCGGUCUCUGUAAUUGACGAGACCAUCGCAGCCAUCAAGUCGUUCCACGACCAGCCACCGGAGGUGAAGGCGAAGCACUACAAACGUGAGGAGGGACGCGGUGUGAUGUACAACAGCAACACUGACUUGUAUCGAGCUCAGGCGGCCAGCUGGCACGACGCGCUGCAGUCGUGGAUGGGGCCGGAGCCACCCAAUGCGGAGGACAUACCGGUGGUGUGCCGGAGGGAGGUGGUGGAGUGGGACGUGCAUGCAAAGGUGUUGGGUGAGACAGUGAUGGAGUUAUUGUGUGAAGGUUUAGGGUUGGAGUCUGGCAAGUUCAAAGAGUUGACUUUUUCUGAUAAGAGGCUUUUUGCGGGAGUGUGUUACCCUUACUGUCCUCAGUCCGAUCUGACGAUGGGGAUUACAUCACACACUGAUCCUGGGUUUUUGACGGUGUUGGUGCAGAACCAGGUGCAUGGUUUGCAAGUUAAGCAUGGUGAAGAUUGGGUGGAUGUGAAGCCUCUUCCUGGAGGGAUGAUAAUUAACAUUGGAGACUUUCUUCAGAUAGUGUCCAACGGCGAAUACCAAAGUGUUCAACACAGGGUGGUGGCCAACUCCUCAAAGGAACCUCGCAUCUCAAUCGUCGUGUUUUUCAACCUCAGCAAGUGGAAAGAAUCUCACUACUAUGGACCUUUAUCAGAAUUGUUGACCCCGGAAAAACCAGCUAUAUACCGCAAUUUCACCAUGCAAGAGUUCAAUGAAAACAUCUAUAGCAAGGGAUUGGAUAGCAAAUCUCUAAUAGAUAAGAUCACAAUAUGAGUGAGGACCAUGCAUGCGUAGUGUAACAGACUCCGUAACUUGUUUAUUUUUACGUUAUUUCGAUAUCCAUGCAUUAUACAUAGUUAUUUGUCAAA